GCAGUACCCAGCUAGCAUAUAACCUAUAGCUAAAUAUACCAUAUUAAUGUAAAUUUCAUGGUCUAAUUGUAGGUUUACAAUGUAUAACAGAUAUUUACUCUUAAAAUACUUAAUGAAAGAGGAUAUCUAACUGUAAAAUGGCUGUCCCUGGGAAAAAAGUACCAUCAGACUUUUCAUCAUCAAUAUCCUUGGGGUCAGAAGAGGAUUUGAAACUUUUCUGCCUGCCAUGUGAUAGAGAAGGUCCUAGACUUCCUGCUUUUGGGUUCUGCAAAGACUGCAAUGAACACUUGUGUCAGUCAUGUUACAAUCACCACAAAAAAGCUACACCUAGCAGACACCAUGUUUUACUGGAUAUACACACUAUGCCCAAAACACAACAACUUUCUUCACCAUCAGAUCAUGUUGCUUCACAUGAUGACCUUACAAUACCAUGCCUCAAACACAAGAAAAAAAUGAUUGAGUUUUACUGUCAACAUCACAAGGUAACUCUGUGCAGUGUAUGCGUCACCUUGGAACACACUGGCCAACUCUGCAAGGUAGACUACAUACCUGAUAUAGCUGAAGAAACUGUUGACAGCAAGGAAUUCAAAGACAUCACUGAACACAUGGAUGCCCUUCUACAACACUGCCAGAGUGUUAAAGAAAAAUGUAAGAAGGUAACAGAUAAAUCUAAUGCAUCUAUAACUGAAGCACUAAAAGAAAUAAGGAAGCAUAGACAAGAAAUCAACAAAAGAAUUGAUGAAUUAGAGAGUGAAGUUGAAAACAAGGCAAAAACUCUUCAUCAGCAAAAUAAAGAGAGAGUACAGAACACUGAAGCAAUAUGUGAUGAUGUCACUAAAUCUGUGAAGGAACUGUCCAACAAUAUUAAACAAAGCAAUAUAGCAAAACAAGCAGAUAAACUUUUCAUCGAGUUGAAAACUGCUCAGCUGGAGAUCACAGAGCAUGAAACUUGUAUCAAAGAGUUAAUAACAGCUGAAGAUGUUAAAGAAUAUCAGUUUACAUCAAACCAAACAAUUUUAACUGUUCUUCAAAAAGAAACAUCACUUGGCACUCUUGAAGACAAGAUACUUGCUACUAAAGUGAAAAAAGCACUUGAUGAAUAUGUACAAAUACCACUUGGACAGCCUGUACUUGAAGCAGAAACAGAAACGAAAACAAAGUCCUCUCCAGCUAGUAAAACUAAUGAAGAUUAUUCCCAAAAUGGAAGAAUACAUGUACAAACACAAAGCGAUAAAAAAAUCUGUGAGAUUACAGGCAUGACAGUUCUAAAUUCUGAUGAACUAGCUGUAGCUGAUAACUCGAAUAAGUGUAUCAAAAUGAUCUCUGUAAGCAGUCAAACAGUCACUUCACAAAUGUCUCUAUCUCAACCACCCUGGGGCAUUACCAAAGUGACCAAUAAUAAGGUUGUUGUUACUCAGCCAUAUGGGAAUCGUAUACAGUUCAUAUCAGUAAACUCAAAAAUGUUGUCACAAGAACACAGUUUAAAAAUAGGUGGAAAAGGUCGUGGGAUAUGUUUUUACAAAGAUAAACUAGUGGUGUCAUAUGAUUCUCCUGCAAAAGUCGAGAUCUUAGAUAUGAAGGGGACAGUACUUACUACAGUAACACAUAAUACCAAAGGUGGAAGGCUUUUUAAGAAUCCAUAUUAUGUUCAGGUUAACAAUCAUUCUAUCUAUGUGUCUGAUUGGGGCAACACAACAAUUACUAGGUUAAACUGGAAAGGCAUGGAAACUGGUAGUUUUACAGAAUUUGGACAAAACAAAGGUAUUGCAUUGUCAUCUGAGGAUACUUUGUUUGUUUGUGACUUUACAAGGUAUAAAGUUUUUGAGUUAUCAGAUGAUUGUACAAAAAGAAAGAUAGUGACAAAAAGUGUUAAAUUGCCAUAUGCUUUAUGCUGGUGUAAUGAGGCUCAAACCUUGUAUGUCAGCUCUAACUCUUCUUCAGAAAUGGGGAACUUCAUAUAUAUCCUUCACAAAUAAUAACUAGUGUGAUGCAAAAUCAAUAAAAUGAAUGCAACUGCCGAUUCAUUUGUAAAUUAGUUGUAUCAUAGCUUCAUGUAUGUUUGAAAGAACUGAACUGUUAAAUGACAGUAUACAUUUAAUCAAUACAUUUAUUAAAAUGUUACAUAUUAAAAUGUUAAAUAAAGGAAAAGAAGUUUGUCCUAAAAGUACACUGGUCUUAUUUGGCAUUUGUAACAUUUUAUGAUGGAUAUUGCUGCAACUUUCACUGAUAAAUUAUAUAUUAUAAUCUGGAUAUAUAUAUAUAAAUAGCUCUCUUAGUUUCUGUUUUUGCAGCUAACUCCUUCUGGGCCCGUAUUCUUCAGCCAUGUCACAAAACAGAUAGAAUAAUUUAAAUGCUGAGUAUCUGGUAUUUUCUUAUGGGCGAUAACCCUUCAUAUUAAUCAGAAUACAAAUCAGAAACUCAUGAUUGUGUUUAUUACAAAUAGCAUGUAAUACUGAAAAUAUAUAUAUUUCACUGAGUGAAACUGUUAUUAUUGUCCUUGGCUUGUCAAACUAGCAGCGAGUGAUUCUGCCUUUGCGACCAAUGCAGACCAAGAUCAGCCGUGCAGGCUGAUCAUGGUCUGCACUGUUAGUUAUUUAGUCAGUAAAUUUCAGUGAAUACCCCUUUGAAUAAUAAACGGUAUAGCCCAUUGUAGAAAUUUAGCGGGGUAAAGGUUAAUAAGGAUCAGUUACAGAAGCAUAACCAGCACCAGAAUUCAUGUGCUCUAUGUAAACUAGGGAUGGGAACGAAUACUGAAAUCAAUAUUCGAAUAUUCGGUUUGCCAUAUUCGAAUAUAUUCGAAUAUUCGGUUAGUUUUAAUGGAAGCUUUAAAUUUUUAUUAAGUGAUUAGCAUAUACAUAACGUAUUCAUUUGUUUAAAGCGUGGAUCAUCGUAAAUAAGGCCAAAAAAAUGUUUGUUCCGGGUAACCCGAUGCUACAUAGCAAAACCCGCCGAAUCUAGCGUUUUAUUUUACGAUUCUGUCAGUAUAAUCAUGAACAUAUUUAACUAAUUCAGUGUUUUAGCUUCAAAAUGAUACAAAAAAUCAAAACGAUUAGAAUUUAGACCGUCGCAAUUUUAUCUAAAUAUAGCAGGUCGUCCCAUUUAAACACGUGACGCACUGUUGUAUUACCGCCGCCAUUUUGAAAAAUUUCAAUCGGCGCGUAGAAAUCGUCGUGUAAAAAGCAAGUAAGACAGACUUAAACCUUCUUCAACAUGAACUUAUGCAUCAAUCAUAUGUUUUUCUUGAUUUUAUUAUUAACUACUUCAAAAUUUAAUUCGAAUACGGCCGACUGCGGAUGAAAACCGUUUCUGCGGAUGGUCUGAAACGUCGUACAAAAUAUUGUGAAAAGAUCGACAAUAUCUACAAGUUUGGUAUUGUUUUCGAAAAAAAAAAAAUUCUACAACUUGUUACAUAAAACCGGCGCCAAUAAAAAUGUACAAAAGAUAAAAAGAUAUCACAUUUACGCCUAAUACAAACUGUUAAUCCGUAGCGAUGACCCCAGGUAAUUAUGCAUUGCAAUUUUCUUGUUAAUUAGACAUCUUUUGACAUGCAUCUGACACAUUGACGCCUGUUGCAAACUGUUAAUCCGUAACGAUGGCCCCUGCCAAUUAUGCAUUGCUAUUUUCUUGUUGAUUGGACAUCUUUUCAUACGCGAUAAACUGACAUGACAUGGUUUUAUUCUGUAGAAUUAGCAUGCUCAUGUUGCCCAAAAUCAAUGAUACUUAUUUUGAAAAAAAAAUUACAAUAAUUUACGAAUAUUCGAAUUUGAUUUUCAUAUUCGAAUAUUCGACCGAUUUUCGAAUAUUCGAAUAUUCGAAUAUUCGUUCCCAUCCCUAAUGUAAACCCUUCAAACUUGAAAUUUUCUCAAUAUCAAAUCACUACUACAAUAAUUUCUAUGUUUUACUAUUAAUAAGAUAACUUUUUGUGUCUUGUAACAAAUAAAAAAAUAAUUUAUUACACUGACACUUGAUUUCAUUAUUUUAAGAGUGGUAAAUUACAAGACGAUGGGUCUUAACAUAAUUCUAGCCAUUUAUUUAAAGCUACUCAUCCACAGUAUGAGUUAAAUUGUCCAACAUGUUUAUUUCCACUAAGUUUGGCAUAGAAUGUAUAUAUGACUCUGCAAAGUCAUAACGUGGGUGAAAAUAAAGUUAGAUACUGGUAAAAAUGCAAAUUUUCUGCAUUAUUUCAAAACAUUGCAACAGUUUACUAACUUCUGUACAUUAUUUUUGGUUAUUUAUAAGACUAUUUUGCAAAAAUCUUAUGUCAGUAAGUUUGUACGACUAGUAACUUAAGUACUCAUUGUUUACGGAUUUUUGAGAGAAAUUAUUUUUCACCUAAAUGUGUGGGUUAGUCACUUUAAAAAAUUCUAAUAUAAUUUGACAUUCACAUUUGAUAUGGCUUUAUCUUAUCUUUUAAAUGAAAAACAGAGUUUGCAAGUUGAUCGCAAUAUUUUCCAUAUGCUUAG